AUGCAAGCUAUAUAAUAAAUAGAAUAAGUGUUGAAGUAAAAAACAGGUAAGAUAGUUAAUCUAAUUUAGGUACUUGGCUUAUGGCAUCUAAAUAAAUUGAAUAAUAUUGCAGAAGAAAAAUCCCAUCUUCUUCUAUUCCAACAUAUUUUUAUUAAUAUAUUUAAAUUAAGCUUUAGUUAAAGUCAAUUCAAUCAAACUUUAGGUCGAAUUGA